CUUAUUUAGGAGGGGAAAAAGAGAUUUCUGAUUUCUAUAACCAUCCAUCCAUUUUCUGAGCCACUUAUCCUCACAAAGGUCGCGGGAGUGCUGGAGCCUAUCCCAGCUAUCAUCGGGCAGGAGGCGGUGUACACCCUGAACUGGUUGUCAGCCAAUUGCAGGGCACAUACAAACAAAACAACCAUUCACACUCACAUUCACGCCUAGGGACAAUUUAGAGUCGUCAGUUAACCGACCACCCAUGUUUUUGGGGUGUGGGAGAAAACCAGAGUGCCCAGAGAAAACCCACGCAGGCACGGGUAGAAGAUGCAAACUCCACACAAGUGGGGCCGGGUAUUGAACGCCAGUCCUCAGAACUGUGAGGCAGAUGCUCUAACGUGCCGCAAGUUAAAUAUAGCAUUGUUAAAAUAGUUAUUUGCGACUGUUUUAUCACGUCAAAUAGUUUAUAUGUGAAAGUUUUAACUUGACUUCCUGUUUUAAGCUUGUAGCCUUUUAUUUUGAAGGGUACACACCGGAACUUAGCAUUUUGGCAAGAAAAGUUACUGCAAACGACACCGGUGAAUUUUGACAAUGAAAGUAAACCUUGACGGCAAGAAAAAGACUAACAAAUGGAACCAAAUACUAUAAAACGUUGAUUCCUUUACCUACCCACCGAUGAGACGGUGAGAAGCUCUAUUACCAGGUGCUGAACUUUGGCAUGAUAGUUUCCUCAGCUCUGAUGAUCUGGAAGGGUCUCAUGGUGGUCACCGGCAGCGAGAGUCCCAUCGUUGUCGUUCUCAGUGGUAGCAUGGAGCCAGCUUUCCACAGAGGAGACCUCCUCUUUCUCACCAACCGUGUGGAGGACCCCAUCCGAGUGGGCGAGAUCGUGGUCUUCAGGAUAGAAGGCCGAGAGAUCCCAAUUGUACACAGAGUUUUAAAGGUUCAUGAAAAGGAAAAUGGAGACAUUAAGUUUUUGACCAAAGGGGACAAUAACGCUGUGGAUGAUCGAGGUCUGUAUAAGCAGGGACAACACUGGCUCGAGAAGAAGGACGUGGUGGGGCGAGCGCGGGGGUUUGUGCCGUAUAUUGGAAUUGUCACCAUCCUCAUGAACGACUACCCCAAGUUCAAAUAUGCCGUUCUCUUCAUGUUGGGUCUCUUCGUGCUGGUCCACCGGGAGUGAAAUCUAUGUCCAGGAAAGAGAGGGAAAAAAACAAAACCUCAAGUCAUGGCUCUUUCAACACAGCAAUUGAGUUCCACUCUGUCCAACUUUUCUUUUUGUACCAUUUGUUAAAGCAUUUUGUAGAAAUGGGAAUAGCUUUAAAAAUAUUUUUGUGAGGGAACAAGGCUAUUACUAUUAAUAAUAAUAUUAUUAUUUUCAAGUGGAGCAUUCUUAAACAUGGUUUAAGCACUGCUUUUGCUUGUCUACUUAUUGUCUUUGAAAAAAAACAGAUGUGAAGUAUUUUAUGACGACAGUGCCACCAGAAAGUAUACACACACCUUCAUGUUUUCCGCAUUUUGCUGUUACAGACUUACUCUAAGGCUGCUUUGAGUAUAGCUUUCUUUUGAAAAAAAAUCUACAUAAAAUAUCCCAUAAUGACAAAGUAAAAACAUAUCUUCAGACAUUUGUGUAAAUUUAUAAAAAAUGUAAACAUUCAAAGAUAGUUACAGAACAUAGCCAUUCACACCCUUUGUUAUGACACUCAAACUUAAUCUCAGGUGCAUCUGAUUUCCACUGAUCAUCCUUGAGAUGCUUCUCCAACUUGGAGUCCACCUGUGGUAAAUUCAGCUGAUUGCACAUCAUUUGGAAUGGCACACACAUGUCCGUAUAAGGUCUCCUAGUUUGCAGUGCAUAUCAGAACAGAAACCAAGCAACAAAGUCUAAGGAAUUGUCUGCAGACCUCUGAGACCGGAUUGUAUCAAGGCACAAAUCUGGGGAAGGAUACAAAAGAAUUCCAUCAGCAUUGAAGGUCCCGAAAGGCACUGUGGUCUCGAUUAUUUGGAAGUGGAAGAAGUUUGGAAUCACCAGGUUCCUUCCUUAAUAUGGCCAGCUGACCAAAUAGAACUUUUUGGCCUUCAUUGCAAGCGUCAGAUCUGGAGAAGAGGAGGCCCUGCUCUGUAUCUGUAUGUGUUCACUGUGAUGGAUUAAAUGCAGAGAACAAAUUUUGUGUACAUGCAUGCAUGUUCAUGACAAUAAAAGGUGAUUAUCUCUUCUUUUAAAAAUGGCUGCCCACUGACGCUGCCCAUCCAACCUGGCUGACCUUAAGAGGAUCUGCACGGAAGAAUGGGAGAAAAUGUCCCAAAACAGGUGUGCCAAUCUCUUAGACGUACCCAGGAAGACCUGAGGCUGUGAUUGCUGCCAAACGUGCGUCAAUAAAAUAUUAAGCCAAGCGUGUGAAUACUUAUGUACCUAUUAUGUUUACAUUUAAACAAAUUUGCAACACUGUCUGAAAAUGUUUUUUCUUUUACUUUGUCAUUAUGGGAUGUUUUUUAUGUAUGUUUUUUUUUAAAGAAAACUACUCAAACCAGCUUCAGAAAAAGUAUAACAUAGCAAAAUGUGGAAAAAGUGAAUGGGUGUGAAUACCUUCUGGUGGCACUGUAAAUAUGAACAUUAUUAAAUAUGGAAUCUGGUUACCAUCCAA